GACGAUUCAGAUGGUUUGAAUGAUAAUACAUAUUUUAUUGGUGAGAAGAGCUCUAACAGUCUUCUACAUAGUCUGUGUACAAAAUGGAGCUGAAAUGGGUUUGAGAAAGUUUGUAAAUUAUGACAUUAUUUAAAAUCGUGAAAGAACUUACUCUAGUAAAAUGUAUAACAAUGAUAUUCUUCUUGAUUGUGAACUUUUUCGCGCCUUCCCACCCUGAUGAAUUGAAAGAGUUAGGAUUCAAGAAAAGUGUUAAGUUUGGAGUUUUUUAUUCAUUACAAACGAUUCUGGAUACUCUUGAUGAAAAACGAUUCCAAGCUAAGCCGAGAGUACACCAGUUGUUGACGACGUUUGAGCGCCACUGCCGGCCUCAAAGUGACAAACCCCUCACACCGCGGCGACCCUACCCCUUCAUUGUCAUUGAAGGAGCCCAAAGAACUGGUAGACGGAUCCUAGGCAAAACACUUGCCAAAAGUAUCGGUGCCAAAGUCGUAGGAGGAGUUCCUAGAUGUAUGAUAAAACUGAGGCAUGAGUUUGAAGACGAGAGUGAUUUAAAAAGAUUAUUCUUCGGGCUUUGCAACUACGUUACGGCGUUCAAUGUACGACACAUGUUAGAACAUAUGCCCGUAGUGCUGAUUGGAUACUGGAUGGACCAAGCAACCUUCAACAUAGCAAAAGAGUGUGCUGAAGAGCUUCCUCCUUCAUCCUCCUUUAUCUACCAGUUCCCAGCUGAUCUGCUCAAACCCGAUCUGGUGUUCUACUUGAACACUCCCAGGGAGGAAACAGCUAACUUUGCAGAUCUGGAGUUCAACAAAAGGAUAAUGGAGGUGUACCGGAUGCUGCGAGAACCCAGUGUUGUUGAAGUCCAGAGUAAAUAUGUCACUGAUGAAUUUAUCAACGAACUUAGAACUAUUAUUAGAGAUAAGUUACAAAAUAAGUUUCCUCAUUUGAUUUUGUGAUGUUUGAAAUUUUGAAGACUGUGUAAAUCCAUCAUGUAUUGCAUAUAUUAUAAGGUAUAUAAAUACUUAAGUUUUU